AUUGGGACUACAGCGAUUUCUUCGUAGGCAACGUCAUUCGUUUCCUGCAUCAUCACAUGACUUUGCACUUCCAGACACAACUAGCAACAUGGCUGCGGACAACCUACCAUCCGAAUUUGAUGUUAUCAUACUCGGGACAGGGCUCUCAGAGUCAGUGAUCGCUGCUGCCUGUUCCAGAGUAGGACAGAGGGUUCUUCAUGUGGACAGGAGGGACUACUAUGCAGGGAACUGGGCCAGCUUCACCUUCAACGGCCUGCUGUCCUGGAUAGACCAGCACAGGACACAGAAGGAGCAGGGAGGAGGAGAACCGAGUGAGGACGGAGGAGGGGAGCAGAGGAGUUCCUGGGAGGAGAAGCUGGACGAGGGGGAGGAGGGGCUGAUCCUCAACUCCACUGACUCCUCCAUCACCAACCUGGAGGUGUACUGCUACGCCAGUCAGGAGCCAGAGGAGGAGGAGGAGGAGGAGCAGCGACCCACUCCUCCAGGAGUGCAGGGCGGAGCUGAGACGGGAGGAGCAUUGGACAGCAAGGAGGAGGAGAAGGAGAAGGGGGAGGAGGAAGAGAAGGGGGAGGAGGAAGAGAAGGGGGAGGAGGAAGAGAAGGGGGAGGAGGAAGAGAAGGGAGAGGAGAAAGAGAAGGGGGACCAGGAGGCAAAGGGAGAGGAGGAGAAGAGGGAGGAGGAAGAGGAGGAGAAAAGGGAGGAGGAGGAGGAGGAGGAGAAGGAUGACGAGGAGAAGAGGGAACCAUUGCUGACUGAAUCCCAGACGGAGACUCACCCCUCUUCAGCUGAGAGCCAAUCAGAACCCAGGAAGAAGAUCACCUACGCCAAAAUUCUGAAAGAGGGGCGGAGAUUCAACAUCGACCUGGUCUCCAAGCUCAUGUAUUCUCGGGGGUCGUUGGUGGACCUGCUGAUCAAGUCCAACGUCAGCCGCUACGCUGAGUUCAAGAACGUCUCCCGAAUCCUGACCUGCCACGGCCAUGUGGAGCAGGUGCCCUGCUCCAGGUCAGAUGUGUUUGCCAGUAAGCAGCUGACGGUGGUGGAGAAGAGGAUGCUCAUGAAGUUCCUCACCUUCUCCCUGGACUACCAACAGCACCCUGAGGAAUACCAGGACUAUGCUGAACGCCCAUUUUGGGACUUCCUCCAGACAAGGAAGCUUACUGAGAACCUGCAACACUUCCUGUUUCACUCCAUUGCUAUGGUGACGGAGGACACGCCCACCUUGGAGGGUCUGAAGGCCACGCAGCACUUCCUGCGUUGUCUGGGUCGCUAUGGCAACACGCCCUUCCUGUUUCCCCUCUAUGGUCUGGGGGAGAUUCCACAGUGCUUUUGCAGGAUGUGUGCUGUGUUCGGAGGGAUCUACUGUCUUCGCCACUCUAUCCAGUGUCUGGUGGUCGACAAGGAGACUGGCAAGUGUAAAGCUGUGAUUGACAGCCAUGGCCAGCGAAUCAGCUGCAGCAACUUUGUGGUGGAAGACAGUUUCAUAGGAGCAGAGCACAGGAAACACACGCCCACCAA